ACAUGGCGGGAGGAAAAUUUGAUACGGGAGCAUCUUCGCGCUAAAAACCCUACAAAAUCCAUCUCCAACCAUGGUUUUCUCGUCAGAAUUGAACAGCUGCUCUCUGAAUCCGAAUUCACUACAGUUAAUCAAGCAAAGAAGCUGUAAGUCUCAAAGAAAUGCCGUCAAUUGCCGGGAACAAUUUGUCUCCGUUGAAGGAGAACCCGGCCUUCAUAUCGGAAACCGUCAGAUCCAACACUGGCGACGUCACUCCUCAGAAGAGGAGAUUGAGAUCUAAUUCAACGGUGGUGCAGGAGAACCAGAUCUCUACUCCGCCGAAAUGGAGAUCACCUCGCCAUUGUGAGAAUUCGAGCCCCAACAGUCCUCUAAAAAGAGUGAAGAUAGAUUUUGUCGAAAAUCCAGCCAGAUCACAAAAAUCACCAGCAAAGAAAGUUCUAAGUUUCCCUGUCAAGCAGAAUUGGAAUCCCAGAAAUGUGGAGCAAAUGAGUGCCGUCAAAGAGGCACUGCACGUAUCAAGGGCUCCAUCAACUGUUGUGUGCCGUGAAGAUGAGCAGAGAAGGAUUUUUGAGUUCUGCAAGACUUGUGUAGAACAGGAGAAGGCUGGGAGUUUGUACAUAUGUGGAUGCCCAGGGACUGGAAAGUCAUUAUCCAUGGAUAAAGUGAAGCAGCAAGUAGUUGACUGGGCCAAAGGGGCAGAUUUGCAGCCACCAGAUGUAUUGGCCAUUACUUGUACUUCACUAACAAACACAAGUGAAAUUUUCAGCAAGAUUCUAGGUGAAAACCAACCAAGAAAGAAAAUCAACAGCUCCACCUCACCUCUUCAACAUCUCCAAAAGCUGUACUCUCAGAAGCAACAGUUAUCUGGCCCAAAGAUGAUGCUGAUAAUUGCAGACGAGUUAGAUUAUUUAAUCUCUAAAGACCAGGCUGUUCUUCAUGAUCUUUUCAUGCUUACAACAUUUCCAUUCUCUAGAUGUAUACUUAUAGGUACUCUCUUUGUGACAACUCUCUCAUGUAGAAUCUCUGGCUCAAAUAUUUUUUGGGUCUUAAAAUUGAUGCAAAUGCAUAAAUGUGUUCUGAUACUCGUCUAUUCUUUUGCAGGAAUAGCAAAUGCAAUAGACCUAGCUGAUCGCUUUGUUCCAAGACUUAAAGCUUUGAACUGCAAACCUUUGAUCGUGACCUUCCGGGCCUAUUCUAAGGAUCAAAUAGUCAGAAUACUUCAGGAGAGGCUCAUGGCACUUCCUUACAUUGUUUUCCAACCACAAACGCUGGAACUCUGUGCAAGAAAAGUUGCUGCAGUCUCUGGAGAUUUACGGAAAGCUCUUAGUAUCUGCAGGAGUGCAAUUGAGAUGCUUGAAGCAGAGCUGAGAGAAACUGCAAGCAAUAUGAAUUCAUUGUCAGCGGAGAAGGGGUUCUUUGAUGAUCAACAAAUGGCUCUAGCUCCUGAAUCCCUUAAACUGCAAGAACAUAAUGUGGUCAGGUUUGACCAUAUGGUUACUGCCUUGUCAAGGACAUACGGAUCCCCGGUAGUGGAAACCAUACAAUCUCUUCCUCAACAUCAACAGAUUAUACUUUGCUCUGCUGUGAAGCUUUUCCGUGGGAAAAAGAAAGAUACAACUGUAGCAGAGCUUAAUAAAUCCUACGUGAACAUCUGCAAAUCAGCAUUGAUACGACCGGUUGGAACUUUGGAAUUUUCAAGCAUGUGCAGGGUAUUGAAUGACCAGGGGCUUUUAAAGGUAGGACAGGCUCGUGAAGAUAAAUUAAAAAGAGUAACAUUAAAAGUAGAUGAGGCGGACAUCACUUUUGCAUUGCAGGGGGUUCGAUUCUUUCGGAGUUGUCUUCAGUAAUUAUGUGACUUGUCAUUCCAUUUGAGCUUCACCUUUUGCUGGCCAUUAGAAUUCCCACCUACUUCAUGCUUAAAGGUUUUUAAGGGAAGUGAUAGGUGUGAAGGUAAACUGGUAAAGAAUCAUAUAGCAGGACGAAUGGAUAUUGAUAAAUGAGUAAGAAUGAAGAAAUGCGUGCUCUACGCCUUUCCGAGAUACAGUGGUUUCCGUUUCCUCUCAAAUUAACUUCCUCUUGCCAAUUACCUUGGAAACCAAAGGAAGUAGUCAUCCAAGCAGAACUUAUUUGGCAUAUUUAGGAAGCGAGCAGACUUGGAGAAAUUUCCGGUUAGUAUUUGUUCUGCAACAUAUCUGUUUGCAGCCUCAUUAGAAUGGUUUCCAUCCCAAUUUACGUGUUCAGCAGUGUCAUUAGAAGGACUUGGAGUCACUAGACUUCCAUUCAGAUUCUUGGUUUGUACAAUUCGAUUUCUAAGUUCAAUGGCCGCCCACCAUAUCCAAUGGAGGCUCCUUGAAUCCUGAAACGCUCAUCAUCCAUAGGAGACUGUAAUAUAACAAAAACCAUACAAUGAGAACAAUCUUUUUUUUUUUAAGUUACGAUUGAACUGAAUUAUCAAGAAUUUGAUGAGGUUGAGUUUUA